AUGACAGAGCAUGAUAUAUCGAAGUUGAUUGAAGAAGCUAGUGUGAUUGAGAAAGACUUGAAGAAUUGCGAGAGCAAUUUUGAAAACAUAGGCGGACUUGCAAUACGUGUGCAGUCGUUUUCUAGAACGGUCCAUGGCUUGAACCAUGAAACUUCUGAAACUCGAUAUCUUUACAAACAGGCUGAUGCGUUUAAUAAAAGGCUAGUUAAGUUAGGCAGUUUGCGUACAAAGCAAAAAGAUGAAGCAAACGAGGAAUUAAUGCAUGCAAACAUCAAGCCAGAAAAGCAAUAUAUGGAAAGUAGCGAGGGACUUGCGCAAGAAAUGGUCUCUGACAGCGACUUUUUUUCAUCAAGCACAAAAAGGAUAAAUGAUGUGUUGAUGAAUGCGAUGGAUGCGUUUGAGACAGUCAAGAGACAGAAUGUAUACAUAAACAGAACAAAUGACAGGAUCAAGACAGGGUUAAGCCGCUUAGGUCUCAGUAAACAGAUGAUUGAUGAGAUUGACAGGAGAUACCUGUCAGACAAGUUUCUAUUCAUGGGAGGCAUUGUGCUUUGUGUGAUACUUUUCUUUUUGCUGAGAAUGUUUUUGUGA